CUUUCCGCUAGUUCAAAAUACCAGUAACAAACACUUUGUUCGACACACUACGCAAAUCCAUUUAGGUGAUAAGCAAAUAAUGGACCAGUCGCAGCACCAGCAGCACGGCGGCACAAUGCAGCACCAGCAGCAGCAACCCCGGUCUUACCAAGUGGUCAAGGCUGCCACUGCGGCCACUGCCGGAGGAUCCAUGCUCGUCCUUUCGGGGCUUAUCCUUGCAGCCACCGUGAUUAUGCUGACCAUAGCCACUCCUCUCCUCGUCAUCUUCAGCCCCGUCCUCGUCCCUGCUCUCAUCACCGUCGGUCUCCUCAUCACGGGCUUCUUGGCCUCCGGUGGGUUCGGCAUUGCAGCCAUCACUGUUCUGUCCUGGAUCUACAGGUAUGUGACGGGGAGGCACCCACCGGGAGCGGAUUCCCUCGACCAAGCUAGGAUGAAGCUAGCUGGGAAGGCAAGAGAAAUGAAGGAUAGGGCGACGGAGUUCGGGCAGCAGCAUGUUACCGGUCAGCAGACCUCUUAGAAAAUAAGGGGACUCGCAGCUACGCAUGAUGUUGAUGAUGGAAUAUGAAUUUGUCAGAUUUUGAGGGUUCAUAUUUGGUUGCUUAAGCGUCUUUGUUUCUUUUGUAUCUCCCCCUGGGUUUAUAUUCUCGUGUUGCGUGUCUUUUUUCCGUAUGUUUCUCGAGUUUAAAAAUAAUAAUGAGCAAUUUUUGGUGGCUGCCUUGUAAUGUAAUUGAAUGUGAUCGAUCAACUU